AUGCAAAAUUGUUUCGAUUUCGAAAAUGAAGAUGGAACUCUGGAUGCGUUUAUUGGAUGCUACAUCGACUGCCAGGUGGCUAAAAAUGGUAGGAAAUUGGUUUGGUCAACACACUAUUAAAUAUCCCUUUUUAUUCCUUACCGCGUUUUCCAAAUUCUUUUAUAGACAAUGAAACGCGUAUAAGUCGUGCACACAUUUGCAAUCCUACAUCUCGUGCGUGCAUUAAAACGGAAUUCUUCAUCUCAUCGGGAGAUCCAAACCCAGCGCUCAAAUUGCGGAAGUGUUACAAAGAGUGUGCUAGUCCUGGUGGCACAGGUAAUUGUAUGAUGCAUUGAAACGCAUUUCACAAUAGAGAAUGCGUUUAGCUAAUUAAAUUAAUUACAAAAACCUAAACGAAUAUGCUCAGAAUAUUUUAAAACAGAUAAAAAAGAACUAGAUACGAUUACAUAAGCCCCGUCAUUUUGGCAGUAGUAUUUUUCUGGGUAUAACUGGGUUGUUCAUUGGUGCUUUGUCAGAAAGUGGUCCAAAAAUAAAUUUAUCCAAUUUCACUUGCACGCUAUAGAACUUGGUCCGAUAUGCUAUAGUCAUUUUUUGUAGAAAAUACCAGCUAGGAUACUAAUUGUGGCAGCUCUUCACGGCUGCAUCCUUUUAAAUUAAAGGAUGAGUGCUUCAUGCCAAUUUGUGCAACAGUUCAGCAUAUGCGGCUAGACAAUCCAGUCUAAAUUUCUGAAGCAGGGGAUUUAUUUUCCCGUUCGCGAUUCAUUUAGAAGCUUAAUGUGUUUUCCAUUAAAGCGUCGUCUUAUUUUCCAAAAUAUAACAGAAACAGAAACAAGUCAGAAACCUGUACUUUUCAAAUGUGAUGUGGACAUAAAGACAUGCACACCAUGCGACGAGGAGGACGAAGGCUGUUCUGACUUUCAAACUUGUGAUGAUUACUGCAAGGAAAUUGGUGAGUGGUUUGACCUUAUAUAAAUUAGGUCUAGCCUUGUGCACAUAAAUCACUAGACUGUAUACACAAGCUGUUCUGAUGCGCAUUUUGGGAUCAAUACUUCGAACGGUAGCGCAUAAAUUUAGCCAAAAGUGUUUCUCUUUUGAGACGUUAAUAUUCCGCCCGAGUUAGACAAAAUGUGGUUUAUUUUACAACAUAAAUUUCAACGGUUUUAAUACAGGCAAUACAAUAGCGGUUUUUUAAAAGCCGGUAACUGCCGCGUUGUCAUGCGAGUUCUUUAGUUAGCAUGCUGGUGCAUUAGUCUGUGUUGCAGCAUAAAAGUCGGCGUCUAACGGCAUAAACCAUGGUAGACGUCGAUUGCAUAUUUGCGGUUAAGACUUAUCUCAACAUGUUGCUGCAUCUCUUUUAUCAAUCUGAUCUUGGUAUUUAAAACAAUGACGCUGUAUUUCUACUGAAACCGCAACCACGCAUCAAUUGACCGAGGGGCGUCGUCUGCAUGUGCUAUAGAAGUUACCAAAUAACUGACCAUAAACGUUAAGAAACUCCACUUAGGAGCUAUACUACACAACUGCUCGACGGCAUCUGAUGCUUGAUGCGAUUCCGCAUUUGGUUCGCAGCUUAUAAAAAAUACCGAACGCACUAGGCAUCGUAGUGUAUCAUCCGCGAUACAUACUUAUUUGACAAACUCUGUUUUUGCCUUGUUCCUUCCAUAUAUCCCGAAAGGUACUCACUGAAAGCGUAUGUUUACGCAUGCAAUUGUCCGUUCAGUGAGUGGUUGAAUCGAUCAAUAUGCCUCGAAUUGGCAGACAGCGACAUUCACACUUUCAUGUGUUUAUCGCCUUGGCAAGUGCGUUUUGAACAACCCUGCCAUUUAGCCUGUUUAAUAAGAGGACGUUUAUCAUGAAGAACGAUUUCACAGUGUCCAUUGGAAAGUGCUGUUUACCGUGUCAUGAGUCUGCUGCCUUUCUUAGUUAGACACAGGAUUUGAACGUGUCUAUAAGCAAUAUCAUUUUGAAUUCAGUAAGCGAAUAUUAUAUCUAUGGUCGUUAGGUUUGCGUCAAGUUUACUAACCCAGUCACAACCUGUCCGUGCAUUCGUUUAAAAAGAGGUGUUUGGUUGACCCCAGCGGUCGAUGUAAAACCAAAACUUUUGACCUUGAAUACCGAUUAACAUAAACUUCUAUUGCUACCAAAAGCGCCUUGGUGCGAUGCCGAACAAGCUGUUAUAUCACAAUGCACAUGAUUAUAAGUAAUCGGGUAAUAAGGCGCGGAGAAGACUUGUCGUGAUGGAUUCUGUAGGAAGAAAUGUACUGCUUCAAUGUUAUUGCUUGGAAUCAGAUAUUUCGGCCUGACGUGCUUGAGGAGAUGCACAGAGCAUUUUGAUCACUGCCGUUCAUUUAGGCGUUUCUACAGUCGAAGCGUGAUUUCGGAAAAUUUGUUUCGUUUGACACCGGAUAAUACCGUAGGUGUAGUAAGUCACGUUCACAUGAUAUGCCAAAGGCGUUAUACGACGUUGUUAUCAUUAUCCUCAGCGCACCGACAUUUUGGGGAGUAAUUUGCCAAGAUCUCAAAGUUGCAUGAUUAGCACCAGCCUAGUCAUCACGGAAAUCAAACCCGGAGUGAGAAUAGUUCAAAUAUGAUGAAGAGCUGUAGGUAGGUAAUUUAUCUAGUUCACUUAAUUAUAAAAGGAAUUUUCGAUUUCAUUAUAGAGGCAACCGGCCGUGUAGCAGCCAGAUGAAUUGCAAGUAUUUGCCCGAAUGCGUAAGCAGUCAACCAUAGUAAGCUGAACUACUAAAUGUGCAAACUCGAACUGAGGGUCUUGUUGAGUUUCAACCGUGAAUGUGACACCAAAGUUGGGGACAUGACUGGAAAAACAAAGUUUUAGCCACCAUAAUUUGUCAGGAACAUGAAAUGAAUUCAUUUCUAGUGAAAACCAAAUUUCAGGAAAAAGUUGGCCGAAAUUCCGAAAUAUGCGGUUGACAAAAGUAGAUUACUUAGGCAAGGUUGAAACAUUGACUUUCAUACCCCAAAACCAUGCGAAAGGUAUACUUCAUAAAUACUUUAAUCGAUAAAAGGCAGUAGGACGCCGGAUGUGGAUUAAAUUCAUUCUGAUAUUGACUACCUAUUGAACACGUUAAUUUGCCCACUUAUUCGAUUUGACGAAUGUAAAGAAUUCACGACUUGCUAGGAGAUAACGGUAAAAUGUAUUUAAUUGACACUGAAAUUAAAAAUUCGGGCAAAUGCCAAACUAAUUUGGCAGUAAGGUUUACUGUGGCAGAUCAAGAAGAUGUGUAUUCCAAAGCCAGCAUCAUGUCUAUUAUAAUAUAUCACAGGAAUGGUUAUUAAAAAUCCAAAAGCAUUGAAGUACGUCUUACUAGUCAAAGGCCCAGUUCAGCUGUCAUAAGUGAUUUUACGGUCGUCCAACAACGACCCACACAGCCCAUUAUAUACCCAUAAUCCAACUCAUUUUAUGUGGUGUGCUUUGCAGGUUGAUAUAAGACAAAGUUCAACUGGGGGGUUCCUUUUGGUCGAAAGUAAGGAGCGAAGCAAAUUGUAUGAUGAAAGCAGUAGACAGUGAAAUCUCGAUUACCUUUCAACUGAUCAUGCAGCAUUAUAAUUAUGUAAACUUUAAGGAUUCGCCUUUCAGACGUGUUUUUAUUUCAUUCGGUACGCGACGCCUCAAGGAAAACUAGAAAAAAGGGCUGAAUUCAAGCGCAAUGCUAUGGAUGGACAGACGGUACUGCAGCUCUUUACAUAUCCACCAUAAGAAAGAAUGACGUAUGAGAUGCUGGAUGUGUCAGAAUUAUGACGUCGGCCAAACCAGCCUUCGACUUGUCAAGAUAAGACUUUAAGGAGUGUUCGGACAAGCGUUUAGGCGGAUACAUGCAGUAGCUACUUUAGAAAGAUUUGGCUAGCUGUGUCCCCCGGUUCCAGAAACUGCUUAAAUUAUUGCUCGAAUCUAAGUAAGCGGGGUUCGGCGACGACAUCGAAGUUUGCGCCUGCAGCUAUAUUGUGGAAAUAAUCGAUCGGUUAAAGGUGACAUUACCCAACACAUUGCAAGAGGUGUUGAGGACAAAAUGUCGUUUGUCAAACUUUCAUACUAGGAUAUUUAUAGUGUUCACCGCUGAUACGGUUUAACAUAGAGGAAUCCUCCAUGCACGCAUGCAGAAAACGUGUAAAAAGAAACGCGUUAUGUACAUUCUAGGAGGAAGUAAUAACGUAUGAGUGUCACAAGGUAUGUGCAUGGUUUGAUAUAGUUUGGAGAGAUACAAACUGUCCUCAUCAAUUUGUCCUCAUGAAGUAGGGGAGUCAGAAAGGUCUGGAGCGGAUUAGUUGUGAUGACACUAUUUACGCCUGAUUGUCCGAUUGAAGUUGCCGGCUAAUGGGUAGUUUUAGACACGACAUGUUUAUGUUUAGCCGUAGGGCAUUUCGAUGACGGCUGGUUAUAUUCCGUUAAAUGCACUCGAAAUUAUUCCUACCAGAAGCAAGCCGACUGCUGGAUUGUCGACUGUGACAUUGUCUGCCGUGUGUUACACAGGCAGGCGCUGCAUGCACAGUGACUUGCGCAUGGUAGACUUUCGGAGCAUCUAACGCACUCACUCCUCCCCACUACCGAUCCGAUAUCAAGACAGAGUCAAGGAGACCGGGUGCGUGGGAGGACGCAAGUGGUUCGCACGGCCGGACCCUCACUUAGGCGCGCCACCACACCUACUGGUUCACUCCAUACACUUGACCAGGAUUUUACACAAACAACAACGACCACAGCCCAAUAGGGGUCAGAACUAUGAGCUCGGGGACAGACAUAGCACACGCAUUCAGAGUUUUUGACCGGAAACAAGACCCGCACCUGCGCAAGUCAAGAAUAACCCGGAAUAUGCGAAAGAUGUAUGGGUAGGUGAAUCUAGGUUAUUACUUGAGUAGAUGCCGACGUUAACUGCAGUAGGGUGGGCUAAAUCAUAAAAUUUCAACCAAAUUCCUAAAUGAGUUUUUGUUUUGAAAAGAUUAAUUAAGUGGAGUUGGAGAAUUAGUCAGCCUGCAACACAAAUCUAUAAUAUUCCGGUUACCCCGGGAUGCAUGCUUUCGAAUAAUCUUUCAUCCGACCGCACGCACAAACUGCUUUCUGUAAAAAUGAUUGCUAAAGUAACAUGUAUUUCUUUUACUGGUUUUCGCUACCCCUAAACGUCUAAUUAUAUUUCAUGGAAAGCAGGGAUAAGAACAUUCCUUCUUUUUCUCAUUCAGUAGAUGAUUACGUCUUCUUCCAAAAUUAUGCUCGAAGGAUUGGUAUAAUUCUACUUGUAGUUUGAAAACCCUCAAUCCAUUUGUAACGUUAAAGUGUGUUCAACAUUGUUCGUGAACUAAAAAAAGGCUUUGAAAACUGAAUUACACUAUUCCUUCGAGUGUAAGAUUUGAAAAAGACGUAAUUGUCCACUGAAUUAGCAAAAUGAAUAUUAUUAUGCAUGUUUUCCAUGACAAAUAAUUGGACAUUUAGGGGUAUUGAAAAUCAAUGAGAAAAAUUCAUGCUACUGGAAUGACCAUUUUUACAGAAUUUAGUUUUCGCAUGCAGCCUGACAGAAGUCCUUUGUGAAACCGAUAUCCUGAGGUAACUAAGUUAUUAUAGAAGUAUGCGGCAUGUUGGUUAGUUUUACAACUCUACUUAGCUAAGCAUUUCGAAACAAAAGCGCAUUUCGGAAUUUCGGUUAACAUUUUAUGAGUCAGCCCACUUAUUUUAGUUACCAAUUUGCAAAACGUUUCAAAUUAAAGGACAAAAUGACUACCGAUGAUUGAGAUGACGGUGCCGCCAAUCUAACGGUAUUUUAAAUGAGAUAAAGAAAAGUGCAGCCCGUAAGACCUUGUUAUUCGCGAUCAACGACGGAGUCCUUGUGCAACGUUCAAGGACAGACAAUAGGGGAGGGAAGUCGGUGAAAGUGCUAGUUUGGAAGAUGAUGAAAAAGUAAGAGGUCACAAAUUGCGCAGGAACGGUAUUUGCUACUAGAUAUUCUGAUCACGAAAACUGUGUCGGAGCAACCUAUUCAACACGGUUCCUGUGGCUACAAAAAAAGUUCAGUAGCUCUACAGAAUAGGACUUAAGGGUGCGAACGGUUACCAAUAAAUGGAUAAGAUUGACAACCCCGACACUUAAGACAACAGGAAGUGAUGUUCGGCUAUCAGUUAGAUAUUCAGAGAGUCAACACGGAUGUCAUAUGAUACCAUACCUGUCUUAAUAUCCCUUAACUACGUACAGGGCUUGACCUAUCUCAUGAAAUGUUGGCUAAAAUUCUCAAAUGUGUUUUCGAUUAGGAAGGAUUACUUGGUCGCGGUUGUGAUACUGAUCAUCAUAAGGCAUACUCUUAUAACAUUUUAGACUCGGCAGGAUGUCAGCUUUUAAAUGCACUUCUUUUUCAACUCCUUUAGAAAGCGUGCUCGGUAAAAAGUAACUACUUAAAUAGCAUGCAUUUUUUCCAGUGAUUUUCGAUGGUCUUGGAAAUUCAAAUAUAUUUUAUAAAAACCACAAAAAAAAAUUCUUUCUUUAUUCAAUCAAUAGAGAAUCACCUCUUCUUUAUAUUUUAUACUUACUUAAUUAUGUUAGAAAAAAGGUUUCUUGUUGCCGAAAAAUUUGGAACCUGAACAUUCGUUGAAUUAGCGCUUAGUGAUUACACUCUACAAGGUGCAUGCGUUCUGCGCAAAGAAAAUCUCAUAUUUUUAUGUCAUUAAAUAAAUAUCAAACAGGGUCCAUACAUUUUUGCAAUGGAUGCGGACCAUGUUGUACGUUUCAUUAGUAGCAGUGGUAAACGGCCAGAUACGAUGCUUUGUGAAUAGACAUCUCGCGGUUUGAAAAAGUCUCGUAUUAAGAAACUUUUUUAAAACCUUAUUAUAGUCCUUCCUAAAGUAAGAACAUAUAAAAAAGACGUGCUUCUCUAUUUAUUGACUAAAAGAAAGCAUAUUUUUGUUUGUGGUUUCUAUAAAGUAUAUUUGAAUUUCCACGACCAUCGAAAAUCAAUGGGAAAAUGCAUGUUACUUUACCGAGUACGCUUUCUACAGGAGAUUAAAAAGAAGUGUAUUUAAAAGCGGACAUCCUGUCGAGUCCAAAAUGUUAUAAGAGAAUGCCUUAAGAUAAUUAGUGUCACAACCGCGACCAAGUAAUCCUUCCUAAUCGAAAACACAUUUCAGAAUUUCAGCCAACAUUGCAUGAGAUAGGUCACGCAGUGUAGGUGCGUUUGCGUUGCGUGAUAAUGCCCAUAUUGUGUGACUGUCAAUGGUAGCGACACUCAUCGAAUUCGGAUUCGCAGUUGUUUAUCGUCAAAUUAAAUUCGCGAACAGCUGUAAAACAGUAGCAUGACCGAAAUGCAUGUAGUGGUCAUUCUAUUUCAAUUGGUAUUAUCACCUAUCUUGGAGUGAUGACGGAACGGCAGGCUAGGAUUCCCAAAUAACACCUACGUUGGACGCUGACCAGGCAAGCAGCUGUGAUAAGUUGUCGCCCGUGGAAACUCAUAAUCUCAGCACGUGUGUGCAAAUUACGCCUGCAUUCGCACGACAAAAAAACGAUUGGUUCCGACAUAUCGUCAAGCCUGGUCAGUUGAAACACGCGACUGAUUGAGAGUGUGAUGCAGACAGAAAAGUGGCGAGUGAAAGCGCCGCUGAGAUACCACAUGGUCGUGCAGAAACUAGUUGUGUUUACACUCUAACACCAUGCCUUAAUUUCCCACCUCUAAUGACGGUCAGAUGUCGCUCCGAGGACAGUACUUUUCAAGUGUGAUAUGGAAUCGAAGUCAUGCGAACCAUGCGAAAACGACGAUGAAGGCUGUUCUGACUUCCCCAGUUGUGACGAUAUCUGCAAAGGUGACGGUGAGUGCUUAAUUGCGUAAUUUUAUUGUAACAUCUGUUUUGACGGAGGCGUUAUGUGAGACCUGUUAGCAAAAAAUUAAGAUGUAUAUACGACUUUCAGUUGAAAUUUUAAUUUGCGUGUGUGUUUAGAAAUUUAUGCUAGAGACAGGCCUUAUGCCUUAUUCGUAUUCAUACGAUUAUUUUGAACGGCAGUUAUAGCUUUAACUACACAGAUAGGAGACAAACAUGAUAGACAUUCUCGUAAAAACGAGUAAACUCUCUUCAGCGGAUCCGCAUUGCCAACACAACAUCUUUCCUGGUUGCGUAUUUAUACAAUUUGCGCAAAAUAUAUAAAAAGCUAUUUCAUGGAAUGUAAACCGACAAUAUAAAAAUGGAUUCAUAUUUUAAGUAAAUUAAUCAAUUUAAACUGUUUUAUCGGUUAUUGGGCAACACAAUCCUGGGAUAUAUCAACCACGAUUAGGUUUCAGCCUUCGAACGAGGGUCUUGCCGUCCACCUCCGUAUAAUAUACCUUUGACAAUGUCAGUCUGUAUGUUCCUAAAUAUGUUUGAUCCCAAACACAUUCAAAAACAUUGUAUGCAGAAUCGAUGCGCGUAAUAUGCAUUUUAUGCUCAUCUUGUUGCAUAAAAUGCCCAACUUCAUUUUUCACUUGUGGAAGGAGUAUCUUCAGACCAUAAAUAUUUUCUAAUUAUGAGACUUCUUAAGACACGUAACAGUCCACACAUGGAAUAAGGCAUCGUCAAACGUAUAAAUGCUGCAAAUAAAGCGGACGACCGGCGCCCCAUCGAUUAACACAUUUUAUAAACUCAUUAAAUACUAAUAUUCAUGGCAGAACCAUAUGAUUCCCUUUACGCGGAUAGUCAUGUGCUUCUUUUUCAGAAAGCGAGAAUACAAUUUUAAAGGCAGAUUGAUAUAAUAGACAUUUAAUAAUUACCAAUUGUAAUAUUUCUUCACGUAUAUUAUUUGGGAAGGAUUAAAUAUGUCGCGUAAUGUGUAAUCAAAAUAGUACGUAUUGUAAACUGUUCUAUAAGUAAAGUUUGGUUUGUAAGAAUAUGGAAAAUCAAUUAAACAGAUCUUCUGCAACAGAGCAAUAAGGAUAAUGUUGCUUCUUUUUUAAUACUCUCAGAUAUUAAGUACUUACUUGAUGCAAAUCAGUCUAUUCAAUGACAAUGGGUGCAAACCAGGAUUUCUAAAUAUAAAUAUGUUGGCCGAGGUCCAUCGGCCACAGCUGCCAAUAUUAAUUACCUGCCGACUGGCACCUAGUAGUAUACCAAAGGCUAAGAUGACACCACAUUACCAGCACAGGUACUAGCCAAAAGCCCAUACACGCGUGUUUAGCCGAGGUUCUGCCGCUGCACGGCCAAGCUGUGAGGGGUCCGAAUCGUCAGUGGUUCCCAUAGCAUUCCCCGUCUGUUUAUUCGGUGGAUUCUCCUCUUUGUAAAUUAUAACGUUUUUAAUUACUUAAAAAAAUAAAACAGAAACUUGGAGUUUAUCAGUUUAUUCAAUGUAUAUACGCCCAGACGAAGAUUUUUGUGUACGAGCCUAGAAGCUUUGAAAAAACUGACAUACUUCUUGUUCCUGGUUUAUUUAUGAGGAAAAUAAAAAGUGACAAAUUUUCAAUUGAAAUAUCUACCUAAAAACAAACGCAAAACGCUGGGACACCCACUGCCGAGACAAAGUCCUCGUAGCUGUGUCAGGCAGCGGCAUAAUAUCGGCAAAUAAGCAUGUGCGGGCUUUUAUUAAUACCUGUGACGUUAAUAUGGUAUCACCUUUUCGACUAAUAUGUCGCUCUUUUGAACUGAAAACAGUGGUUAAAUUGUUAAGCGGUUAUGUCUAACAGUGUGGGUACGCGGUAUAGGUGGAAAAACGGCAGGGACCAUUUCGUUUUUGUAGCAUUCAAUUGAAGCAUUCACCUUUGCGUGACAUUCAAAACAUAUGGAGGGCGACAGUAUUUCGAGAGUCAAUUAUCAGCUGUCCACAUAACGCCAUUUACUUGCUGCCUUGCCGAAGUUUCAAUAUUGCCCAUACACUUGCCAGCACAUAUCUAGAGGACGUAUUGUUAAAACUUGUAGAAAUAUUCAGUGAUUUAGACAAACUGACAUAACUAAAAAUCACGUUACGCAACAAACACCUUAGUACAUACAGUGGAUGUUCUAACUCAUAAAAUUUCAUCAAACAUUUCGAAAUGCGUUCUCGUUUCGAAAAGAUAAAUUAAGAAUUGCUGUAAAACUGAUCAUGAUGCACCAUAAAUCUAUAAUGAUCUAGUUAACCCAGGGUGUCGGAAUUUGAAAAAAACGUAUUUUUGUCUGCGGGCAAGAUCUGUGCCCUGCAAAAAAUUACUACUUAUGCUGUAUGCGAUUGUAUCAUUUAUUUUCAAAGUCCUUAAAUAUUGGAGUAAAUUUUAUGGAAAACAUGCAUAAAAAUAUUAAUCCUUUUACUUAUUCGGCAAAAAAUCACGUCUUCUUCCGAUUUCAUACUCAAAAGAAGAGUAAAAAUCAGUUUUAAAAAAGUUUCUAAUUGUGACAUUGUAAUACCGUUAAAUGCCCGUUCCUGAAACGUCAUGUAUUUGCAUUUACGAAUGCGGCUUGUAAAGUUAACAAUAUUUCUCAAAUCCACUGCUUAAUUGUCUAAACCUUAUAUAAUGUCCUCUUAACAACGUAGAGAAAUGCAUGCAUUUCCGUACACGGAAAAUAUACGGCUUGCAGAUUUUAAACCCUAAACACAAGUGUAACAGCAGGUCAGGCUCAAAAUUAUUCCGGAAUUAGAAAACAUUUUUAAAAUGGAAUUUUACUUUUUGUACGAAAUUGGAGGAAGACGUGAUUUUCUACCGAAUAAGUAAAAGAAUAAAUAUGUUGAUGCACGCUUUUCAUGAAAUAUAAUUGCAUUAUCAAAAGCAUCAAAAUCAAUGAGACAAUUACAUGCUACUUAAGUAGUAACUUUUCCUUAGUAUUGCUCUUGCAUGCAGCCGAAAUUAAGUUUUGUCGAAGCAGACACCAUGGGGUAACUAGAUCAUUAUAGAUUUAUGCUGCACCCUGAUUAAUUUUACAACGCUACUUAAUUUAUAUUUUCGAAACGAGAACUCACUUCGAAAUUUUGGUUGACAUUUCAGGAGUUAGCAUAUCUACUGUAUUAUCAUGUCAGAUUUUCGUUGCAGUGUCUUAUGAAGCUUUUGGACUGCCGCUUCAUGUAUCAUACAAACAAAAUUAAAAGAUCUGAUUAAGGCAUCCACAUUCUGAGUUGUUUGGUAAGGCAUUAACAUAUGUUUAAUGUGCGACCAUAAACUGAACACUUGCGAGCAGUUUACCAUAGAAAAUUUUGUUUCUCACUGGAUUCAAAAUGUUAACAUAGAAUGCGUAUGAACAGUACAUUAUAAUCGCUGUUCCAUCCAGAAAUGGUUCUUGUUUCUUUGUUGACACGUCUCAACUUCUUCGAAAUAAUCAGGCCCGUAUUUGCAAAAAAAUAAUUUGCAAGUAUUAUAAGAAAACCCAAUAACUAAGUGCGUUCCCUCGCUAACAGCAACUAGUCAUUUUGUUUUCUACAUAAUGGUCAGAUGCAACUCUAAGGCCAGCCGGUUUCAAGUGCGAUACAGAAUCAAAGUCCUGUGAACUAUGCGAAAACGACGAUGAAGGCUGUUCUGACUUCGCCAGCUGUGAGGACAUCUGCAAGCUUAGCGGUAGGUAAUUGGCUGCUUAAAUUUAUUUAACCAUCUGUACCCGCAGGAUCUGACAUGCUGACAGCCAUAAACAGAAAUUUGUUGAUGACGACCUUUAAAUUAAAUGAUGAUUUACUUCGACACUGCGACGUUUGCAAUAGAGACAGACGUUAUCUUUUAUUUUUUUACGUUCAUUGUCUGUGGUACAGUUAACGUGGCAAUAUGACCCUAAUCUAAUGAUAAUUCGUAAAACUUCCCAAACGUGCUUAUUCCCGAAGACGUGAAAUCGCCCACAAAAAUCGAUGUCAUUUAACUGUAAAUUGUUUUCAACCAUUUGUGUAGCAACAUCGGGUGUUUUAGACAAGUGUGAAGAUCACGUGUGCUAUUUGUGAUGUGCACAUAAAAAACCGGCUAAGACCAUGUUGCUAAUAAAAACAACGAAGCGCAAUUAUCAUCUUCAUCCAUUGGAUCCUGUGCUGAGUAGCGGAACGCAAAUAUAUUUUGCUUCGCAUCUCUGUUCACUGUAUCAUACAACAAUCAAAAAGCCCAGGUCUGAUUCUGAGAUGUAGGUAUUUGGUUGCAGGAUUUAAAUACAUGAUGUAGACCGGCGUGAAUACUGUUUUACAUGCUACUUUUCAACUGGUUUCAAAAGACUGCGGAAAAAGGAUGCAUAUUAUGAUUUUUUGACAAGAAAUAUUCAUUUGUACGAGAAUGUUCUGCUAUCAAUUCAUUUCAUCUUUCGUUUGACAGUUUUGUAUUCUUCAAAACUGUCGAGAUACCACUUGAAAAACACCCUUCCUUCAUUUGCUUACUUUUACAACUGAUUAGAAGUCAUUCCAAAACCGACGCUUUUUAAAUGCGACAAGGAAUCAGAGUCGUGUGAGCCAUGCGAACACGAUGAUGAAGGCUGUUCGGACUUCGCCAGUUGUGCGGACAGCUGCAAGGGUGCCGGUAAGUGAUUGACUGCAUAAACUUAUUUGACCAUCUUUACGGGCAGACUCAGAUCACAUUACCUGCUAGGUGAAUUUGCAAAAGUAUGUUGAUGACGACCUUUGAAAUAAGCAAUCAUUUGCGCAUUUGCGGAGGGGCCAGUGACAGAGAUGGAAUGUCCCACUUAUUAACCUUCAGUCCUACAUUUAAAUAGCGCAAUUUGCGCUUUAAUUUAUUACCAAAUUUAAACAAACAGAACAAAUUAUUUUGUCUACUAGGAAAACUGUGUAAAUGUUGGAAGCUUGACGGAUAUUGUUUCCAUAAAAUCGACAUUAGAAUCAACAUUAGAGGCAACGACCGAAGGCAAUAAUUGACGUUGUUUGCAAAAACUAGAAGGCAUCAUGAUGAACAUGAUAAUCUUCUUGGAUUCGUAAAUGCCGUCUCGACAGUGUAUUGUGAACAAAGGAUUUCAACAGUUGAUCUCAUGCAAAUUGCUGAUAGAAAAGAUAGUGACAUUAGAUUACGAAAGUGGGAGAGGGACAUAUAGCCAUUGAUUGUCAGAUGACUUUUUAGAGACAGCCUCGUUAAUGUCAAAAACUAAUAAACCAAGUGAACAUCGUCAACUAUUCUUAUGGGAAAGUGUUUACAAAUGAUUGCAGAAAAAAUAAGAAUUGGGUAAUGCAUAUUCGGCUACAAAUGAUGUAUUUAACUCGACGCAAGCGUACUUGCAUUAAAAGAAAUGGUGACUCGAACGAUUUGCAGGAUUAAAAGACAUGCCUCCGCGAAUUAUAACUGAUAUAUUUAUUCUCUGUUACUUGUUUGCUGGCCAAUAUAUCAUAAAUACUUGGAACUAGAGGAAGACUAACUACAGUGCGCGGUUGAAUUGCAAAUAUGAUAAUAGAGGCAUUUACGUGGAAUGUAUGCAAAGGGGAUAUAUGUUGGCUAAUCUUAAGCCGCUAGAACAUGACCGUGGGUAUUUCAGAUUACAAAAGGAUAACUAGCAAAUCCGUCUUGACAUUAGGUGAUCUCAUGAAUAGUAGGCUCGACCAUACGGACCGUAACGUAAAGACGACAGGCACGGAAAUAACUACCACGUAUGUGAACACUCGUUUGGCAGUUUUCAUAAGCCGAUUUGCACCAGCUUUUUCCAGUCUGUUGGGUGCUUAAAAUGCGAGGGAACUGCGUUGAUUCUCAAUCAUCAAAAUCUUGAUGGAAAUGCAAACGCCGCAAGAGUGGCGUGCUGACAGACGAUAAUCAGGAGAAGUGAACGGCCAGUAGGACUGCAUAAGGUGAUUCAACUCGCGGGUCGUCGAAAAUGCAGGGGAUAUCUUUGGUGAUGUUCAUCUAUAGAGCAAUAGAAAAUUUUCUCUGCGCAUCCAAAGCACAAUGCCAACGAUGAACACGGCAUUGUAUUCGACAGUGAGAAUGCCGAUUCUCACCGGACUAGUUGAUCAAGCAAUAUCAGUAAGAGAUUAAAGUUUAAGCCAAGAGACUGUCGCGUUGUAAUUGGAAGCUAAAGGCGGCACUAAUUUCCGUCGAAAUAAAGACGUAGUAAAGAAAAAGGCCAUAUAUGGAUUAUGCUGGUGGGUUAAUCAGGGGAACAGAAGUAAGUGGGUUUAUUUCAUUGUGCAAUAAGUAAGAGAUGUCGUUUUUAACAGGGUAGAUGCUAACUUUGCAUCAUAGACAUUGACAUAUCCUGCAAAAAUGAAUACCCAAUUUUUACUUCUUUCUAGACACAUGAAAUAUAUAGAAAUAAUAUAAGCAUCAGCGAAUUUUCUAAUUAUGUUUAAUUGUUUGCUGUCUCUAAUGCACUGAACGAAACCGAUGUACGACAUAAAAAACACUUAUAUUUGGAAAUGAAAUUUAUAGAACGUUGACCACCUCAAAAAUUGGAGAUUAAAUACAAAGUCUUCCGUAUUUGUUAGCAUUGUCCAAUUUGAUUUAUACCUCCGUUUCAAGUUCACUUUGAUUUUUUAUGACGCCUUUUUAUCAUCGUAAUUCAAUUUAUCUCCUAGGCAAGUAGAAGUGUUUAAGAAAAUCAUUCCCCAGACAAAUGCAUUACUGAAUACAAAUAAGUGUGAUUCGUAUAUAAACAAUUAGGCUUUAUUUCAUUGGACGAUUGACAAGAUUAAAAUCACAACAGGACGUUGAGGUUGUUCUGGACAGAUAGUAUGAUCAUUGCCAGUGCUAUUGAUAUCGCGAAUGACGGUGCAUUUGUUGUUUUGGGCAAAGACUACAUUUUUCUACCCGAGUUACCUGCACUUGCACGAGGCUGUGGAACAAUACAUAGCGUUAGAUAUUGUUGAUGUCUAUUUCAGUUGGUAGUGUGUGCAUAAUUCUGGAAAGUUAAAGCAUAGUGUGAAAAGCGGCAAAUCAUGCAUUUGCUAGUUUUUUUUAUCUAAAACAUGCACUUCAGUCUACGUCUGAAUUAUUUGAUUGUUUUCCUACAUUAUUUAUUUUUAUUUUUUAACUUGUUGUGCAUUGUCAGGUUCCAUUCAGAAGCCCAAGCUUUUUAAAUGUGACAUGGACACCAAAUCCUGCAACUUAUGCCUCGACGAAACGAAGGGUUGUUCUGACAAACGCACUUGUGAAACGACCUGUAAGAGUGUCGGUGAGUGUUUUUAGGGAGUCACGCAAUUUCAACAAACCUAAUGACAAAAAGAUACGACAUGAUUCCAUAAAGAUAUGUGUGUGCACUUAACCUUACCGACCACUGCGUAUUGCAUGAGUUAAUGAGUUCGGUCAUGGGUUUUAUUGUUGUCAACAAACAUGUGUGCGGUGUAAUCGUCUAUAUUUCCUUUUGAGAAAGGGGGAAUAAAUCAUACGCAUUCGUUUGGCCAUCAUCACGACAGACACCAGUUUAUCACCAAUCGGUGGAUAAAGCACAUGAUUGUAAAGUAGCAAGUUAAGCUGGCCGAGAGAUUGGAAAAAACCGGUUAACAGAUUCGGUUGCGAUUUAUGGGGUUUGCUUAUUUCCAGUAAGUCGGAAGAUGGUGCAAUCAAAAACCAAAAACCUUGCUGGUCUGAAGCAUUAUCGGAUUAUUCUCCAUGAUAAUCUGUCGUACAGCCCUAAUAACAUAGUCUAACCAAAUCUGAAUUUUGGCGAAGAUAUUAAAUGAUCUGCCACUGACUGCAGAUUCCGAUUUCAUAAACACACUGCACUUGGUGUGAGCUAGCUCAUUCAGCAACUCUUUGCAUUUUUCACUUUAGUACUUUUUAUUUAUUUUGAAUGGUUAGACACUAAUCAGAAACAAGACCUAUACAAAUGUGAUCAGGAGUCCGAAUCCUGUGAACUAUGCGACGAGGCGGACGAAGGAUGCUCUGACUUCGCCACUUGCGACGAAACCUGCGCAGGCGUAUACACGUAGAUGUAUCAUGACAAAGUCGAUCAACAACUGCGAAAGGAAGAUUGGCACCCCUCCCCCGUUUUCUAACGCAAAUUAAAUAAAAUCCGUUGCUUGUUUUUUUGCUUUUAUGUGCUUUAGGGAUUUAUCGCUAAGCUUUAUUUUCCCGAGUUUAUGUGUUCAAUGAUGCCGGACCUAUUAUCUUCAUAAUGUACUGACGAAAAUAAAGUUUAUUUGGGGGCGUUUUUUCAGUCCACUUGAAAUGAUCACCUGAAUGUACUACAAAAAAGCCGCAAACUAUCCAUAUUUGGAUGAGGGAUUUCAAUAAUUUCGACUCCGUACAUAGUGAAUUUCGUGUUUUCAUUGACGAUCUGUGGUAUAUGGAGCUUGUAGAAAGUUAGUUGAUGCUUGAUCCCCAGUUUUAAACAGCCAAGGCAUGCAGCAAAGCACGCCAUUCUUAAAGCAAUUAUCCCUUGCAGAUGUCAAAACGUGUUUCAAAAAGUCAAGUGCCUUAAUAGAUGUGCUAUCUGUGUUAUGAAACUAAUGAUCAAUAGUCAGCUACGUCAAUGGAAAUAAUGUUUACUUAAGUUGUAUUUAAUGUUUGAAAUGCAUUUAUGCCUCACAUGUACCUUGAGUCAGGCCUCAUAACCAUCUAAGACCAUCAGCUCUAUGUUUAUGUAAAUAACUAAGAAAUGCAAGUAUUAUUGCCUAUGUACUUAUUGGGCCCUUUUACACCACUUCAGAAAUCCGCACAUAUUUUGUGAACCUGUAAGCAACCUUAAUGAUUUAGAGGUUACGUGCACUGACAUUUCGUUAUUUAUGUGACUGGGUUUCAUUUGUUUAAAAUAAAAGAAAAUGCGUAUUUGUAUGUCUACAUUGAGAACGGCGUGCUGGACGUUUUUUGAUGCCAGCACACAUAAUGGUGCAAAGCCCUGCUUCCACAGGCUUAUAAAACUAAUGUUAUGUUUACUUGCAAUAUGAAAAAAAGUUAGUUUGCUCAUGGUUACAUACAAUAUGCAUUUUAAUUAAACCAUUAAAAAGAUAGCACUGAAUCGUCACAGUGUUGCCGGCAAAAACGCAGUUUAUGAGCCCCCAUUAACAACUGUGUAUACCCCAUGGCAACCGACGGGCACCGAGUUCAUAGCUCAUUGUAUAGGGUGUUUGACUUCUAACCACGAGGCCGCUAGAUCAGACACCACAUUUCGGGCAACUCGGAUGAUCUUUAUGGUUUACUUUUGACUAACUAUAGACCAGAAGCUGCUGUUCAAGCUUACCUUGUCUCUCCUAGUAAUAUUUCAAAUGUUUAUAUCAGACGUAUACGGAUGGUGGGCUAAUUCAUGAAGUGUCAACCGACAUUUCCAACUGCGUACUCGUUUCGAAAAGAUUAAUUAAGAAGGGUCGUAGAUCUGCUCAUCUUGCAGCGCAGUUCUAUAAUGAUUUAGUUAUCGAAGGUUGUCAGCUUUCAGAAGAACUUAUGUAUACUUUAAAAAAUGAACACUAAUGCCCUUGAAAAUGCAAAUACAUUUUUAAAGAAAGCGUACAUAAAAAUAUUCAUUCUUUUAUAUAUUCUGUAGAAAAUGACGUAUCCAAUUGAUUCUAUACUCCAAAGUGGGGUAUAAUUCGGUUGGAAAAAUUGUCUACUUCCCGAAUAGAUUUGAAAGUGAACUGUCGUUACACCUGCUGUCAGGGUUUCAUAUAUACGAGCAGUAUAUUUUCCGGGUACGGCAAACCAUAGUUUACUACGGAAUUAAGAGCGGACUAUAUAGGGUUUAAUAAAAUAAAGCAGCGUAUUCGAGCAAAAUUAACUUUACCGGCUAAUUUCGUAAAUGAAGUAACAUGACGUUUUAUGAAAGCUUAUUUCACGGUUUUAGAAAAUCUCACAACUAGAGACAUUUUGAAACCGUUUUUUUAAUUUUUUCGAGAAUAAAAUCUGAAGGAGACGUGAUCGUUUACGGAAUAAGAAAGAGGAUGAAUAGUUUUAUGCAUGUUUUCCAUGAAAUAAAAUUGGCUUUUUAAAGGCAUGUAAAGUCAGUGAAAAAAUUUAUGCUAUUUAAUUAGUCAUUUUUUCGCAGAGUAUAGUUAUCGAAUGCAGACGGAAGGCAGUGCUUUCGAAGGCCGGCAUCCUGGAAUAACUGGAUAAGCAUAGGAUUUUGGUGCAAGUUGAUUAAUUUUACAACCCCGCGUAAUAAUUUUUUUUUAAAUGCGAUAACGCAUUUCAACAUUUUGAUUGACAUUUCAUGAGUUAGCCCACCAACUGUGGGGUCGACCCACUUAAUUAUUUUGAGUCAGCGUGAUUACGUUGGCAUGGUGUUGCUGUGCGUUGUGCUAGGUGUUCUGUUGGCGGGCUUGUUUACUUGUUGUCAUGUCUAUAUUUUUGGUUCGAUAUCUGUGACCCUUCUGGAACUUCGACCAGUCACCCCUUGUACCUUACCUGCCGGAUGUUUCAGAUUAAGAGUUUAGGAAUGCGGUUAAAGGUUAGCGUUGAAGUGUUAGGGUUUGGGUCGGGGUUACGGCUAAAGGGUUGGAUGAUACGAUACGGGGUUAUGGUAUACGGCUAGGCAUAGGCUAAGGGGAUUUGGACUUAUAGUUAGGCCUUUGGGUUAACGGUGAUGCUUAGGGGUUGGGGUUAGGGAUAAAUGUAGUUAUUUUCCAACCAUUCAAAGUAGAACCAAACAUCCUCAGUAGCUCUCAUUUUGCAAAAUCGACCUCGACUUCUGUGCGUUGCUAUGCCUCACCAGCUCUAAUUGUUUACCUCACGUUCGGCUACAUAACCAGAUCUUACCGACAAAAAGCAUUAACUUACAAAGACCAAUGCAUCAUGUAUCGGAGUGAAUGUGUGAUGUCCAUGUCAACACCGCGGUUGGGCCAGUCACCCCCAGAGAAGUCGAAGCUACCUUUUAUUUGGGCAUUUAAUGCAAAAGCAUUUAGCCUAAUUUCGGUUAUGUCCGACAGUUAAACAGAAACCUUGUUUCAAACAGUUUGUCCAGAAAAAUCGCAAUAUGUACAUUCUAAGACGCUAGAAUUUGCCCUGAUCUUUAUGUUUAUUUGGCAUUUAUUGGCAGUGUUAUUUAAUAUUUGAUAUGUUCAAAUAUUUUUGUGGUUCUACGUUAAAUAUGUGCGUCCGUCUGGAAGUCUUUUGAUGUGCUCUUGGUGGUAUUCAUUGGUGCGCUCUCUCUAACUGCGUCCUAUGUGACCAAAUCUGCGAGAUGUUGCCGUACCGGUGCGAAAAAUUGCAUUAGCUAGAGUGAGAAUUACUUGCCUUGGGGAUAAUUGUUUCGUUAUGCACAUAGGUAGUGCGCAACAUAUUUGAAAUGUCGCAAUGGAAUAAGUCCACAAAUUCAAUACAGAUUCCUGCAGUUUUCUGGGUAAAUAUUUACUAUAACGCCAGCGUUUUUAAAUAUUUAUAGGUUUCCUCACUGGAAAUGACAUUCGAAAUUGAACUAUUUGUACUAUAUAAGAAGGUGUGUGCAAAAGCUUCAAGAACCAUCAAAGGCAUGCUAAUACUACUGAAGACGGUUUCGGAACAUGACGCCGUGCUGGGCGUUUUUUUAAAUUAUUAUUCACUAGAAAGCGUAUUCUUUAAAAAAUUGAUUUUGUUAGUAGCCUGCGACAUACAACUCUCCCUCUCUCUCGUUUGCAUCGUCAGCAAUUGUGUUUACUUAAUAUUACUCUACGAACUCGUAGUGAGGUAUUGUCAGAGAUUGUUAGCACUGCUUUGGUGAAAAAAAAAUCAGCAUUGAUGUUUACAUUAAUUUCAAUUCAAUAACAUAAAAUUAUAGUUGCCUUGCUUAAUUUCCAUGGAAAUUAAUGCGCGAACUUGGCGUAACUCUUUCGAAACAGGCCUUUUCGGGCACGGUCCGAAAUUUGAUAUGAAUAUUUGAGCUGAAAUCCAUCAGCUACUGCGGAAUAACCGCUUAAUAUUCACAAUCCGCCAACAGGCAGCCAGAAGUAUAGCAUUGUGCAAUAAUUUACCGUACUUACAACACAGGUAUUAGCUAAAAGCCCAGACACGCGUGUUUCGCCGAUCUUGUGCCGCUGCCUGACUUAGCUGCGAUGGGUCCGCUCGUCAGUGGGUCCCCCAGCUUUCCUGUGUGUUUUCUGGUAUAUGAACUCCAGUUUUAACUUGCCUUGCUUUAUUUCUGAGAACAAUAUAGAAAAAUAUAGAACAUGAUAAAAUUACCAACGACUGCAAUCCUGCUACCUGAAGUCUUCACCGGUAUUCAAUGAAACAUGACCCUGAGCUUCAAUCAUUUCAUUAAAUAAAGCUAGUUAUUAGGCGAUGCUUAUAUACGAGCUCACUUUGUAAAUGCUGAUUAGACACGGACAGUCUAGACUUAGUCCAUUGCCGACUUACUGCAUCAUGCAUUUCGAUUUUAGUUGUGUUCACUGAUUGGCCAUAUCCCUCACAACUGUGUUAAACGGCGGCAGAAUAUGGAUUAAACACGCACUUAUGGGCCAUUUACUAGUACCUGUACUAAUAAUAUGGAAUCCACAUACCCUAAACUAUAACACUAAUUGUCUCUUCGUAAUUAAUGAAUAUGACCCGCAGUGGCUGAUGGACCUCGCCUAAAUAAUUAUAUACAAAAAAUUGGGUCUCGGGCUAUAGACCUGGCAUAUACUGAUCUUAUUAAAGUCCGCAAUUAAGUUUCGAGGAAACUAGACAGCAACCGUUUCUAUGUUUUUUGCCAAAUUCAGAUUCCCGUCGAAUUAGAAAAUUAUGAAAUCAUAUUCAAAAAGAUUAAUCACGCUAUUGGCCAUUAGGCUAUGCAAACUGAAUUCAAGAACUACUUAUCGCAACUUACCGCACCGUGGACAGUUCUUUGCGUUAAACGGAUAAUAACACUGCAGAUUGUGCCCCUAAUAAAACAAGGCACGAAAUGGGUAAUCUGUGCAAGUCCCAAAAAUAGUUUAUAAAUGCAUAUUUAUGUUGCCGUGUUGGCAUUCAACGAUGAUUGCAUAUGCAACAGACACGGUUGCAUAUUACACUUCUCGGAUUAAAAUAUUGUGUGCUUAUAUCACGACGUGCCUCAGGAAACCAACGAAAAAUUCGUUGCCAGAUCUGUCGCACCUGUUUCCAUUCUUGCGGAUGCGUUUGCUUUUUCAAUUGUAUAUGCGGGCCCUGUGCAUCCUCCUCCUUCUGACCUGACUACCAAUUCAACGAUUACCUGAACCUCACAGUCGCUCCAAGACAUGGGUUUAUGUUGAGUGGUGGACUGGUGGUCUGUCAAUAAGACCACAAUGGACCAUCCAUGCUGUAUCCUAUGUGAAACUCCCAAGUUAGCAGCAGCACACAUCGUCCAUGUUUUUUGAUGGAGUCUAAAUCCUGCUCAGUGUGCAUUGCCAAUCAAAUUUGUUGUUGCACGAUCGCGCAGCGUCAGUUCAGCUUCCAAACACUGCGCUCUUAUUUUUCAUUGUGGUCACGGGGUUAUGAUUGCACGUUUGUCUCUAGGUCAGGCUAUGCCAGUCGCAAUGACUAUAUCUUAACAGCGGUCUCAGGUUGAGGAGACAUGAAGCGUGCGGUAGAUCAUGUACAGUAGGUGGCCUAAGUCAUGAAAUGUCAGCCGUAAUUCCGAAAUAUGUUUCCGUUUCGAAAAGACGAAUUAAGUAAAGUUGUAAAACUAAUCGUAAUGCAGCUUAAUUCCACAAAAAAAUUAGUUAUCUUAGGGUAUAAACUUUGAAAUGAACUUCAUUUAGACUGCAUGCAAAAACGGCACUCUGCAAAAAAUACCUACAAAAUUUUAGAAUCCGUGUCAAAUUGUUGUUGUGGACAAGGGCGUUUGAUGUACGCCUAGUUGUGGAUAAGGCCAUGCCAGUCACAUGCGCCGACUCCCGUUAUCAUUCGAAAUGACUAUCUUAACACCAGUCUCAGGUUGGGGAGGCAUAGAGAGUGCGGUAUAUCGUGUAUAUACAGUUAGUCAACUAACUCCUGAAAUGUGUUGAAAUGUACUUAUGAUUGCCAAUCACUCGCAAACGGACACUAUUUCAUGAGUCGAAUGUCUAUGUUCAUUAUGCACAAGUUUAAAAGAAUCAAAGACAUGAAGGAUAUACUAUAGGCAGUGUUGUGUUGUUAAGAACUGUCAAUUUGUUUUGAAAAGCGAAAUAUCUCGAAAGCGUCAGAAGUGUUCGAAGACAAACAUAGGGUCUUCCGGAGAGCAUAUCUUCAAAUCAAAUCUUAAUUUUUCCCUCCGCGUUGAGACCUUUUUGCACUUAAGUUCGUAGACGUCUUUAUUGCCUCCGCCAUUGGUGUCCGUAUUGCAUAACCCAACUCAUAAUAUGGCGAUUCAUUGAUGCUUGUAUUCCUCCUCCUAUUAUGUAUUCAUCUCUUGUUAUUUAUCCGGCUUUGUUUAAAAAAUAUCUGAUAGCAUUAACACAAGUUCUUGGAAUGUCUUAUUUAACUGUCUAUGGAAAUCGGCUUUGGAUCAUAAAUUUACUUACAGGCUGUUCAAACGAGAUGUCUAAUUCUAACUUAAUAACCCUUUGGAGAUGCCAACAAGCAUUAAGACCAAGGAAUGUUGCCUCAAAUGGUAUUCUAUCGAAUGACCUAUCUUUCCGUACCCUUACAAAAACUUGCUUUUUGUUUCAUUUCGCAGAAUUGAAGAUAUCUUUGUCCACCUGUAACUGUAACUGCAACUGUAACACUCUCUCCAUGUACCGUUAAGACUCACACAUUUGCAUAUGGCUUCACAAAACGUCCUCAGCGUAUUCUCAGAGAGUUUUUGGUUUCAUAACCGCGAAGGAAAGCUGCUGUGCAAUCAUGAGUAGUACUUCACAUUUGUGGACCGUUGUAUGGUCGCGAAAACUGUUAUGGAAAAAUUUAAAAUUAUUUCUUGACGAACAUGCUUGCGGCUUCAGUGUGAUGUCAUUAAGCUACCCGCAUUAUAAGGGAACGAGGUACUAGUGAAACCUAUAAGAAGAGUGUCUAUCUUAGUGAAAAUUUAUUCGAACUAAUCUGCCAUAAUAAGUGGAUCAGAACUACCUGAAGAGAGCUAUUGUACUGAUUUGCCUACUAAUCGUCCUUUAGCGGGCCAUAUUACAUGACGCAUUUUGGGAAAUAUAUGUGCUAAAAUAGUAAUCAGCGUUUCAAUAAAACUUGUAAAAAUGUAACGAAAAGUAAAACAAUCCGUUAAUUUAGGCCACAAUUUUCUACAGUGGUGACAUGCAAUUAAUUCGCAUUCGGGAAUUUAAGUAGAUCAGCGGAGCAAACGUGCAUAUUCUUCAAAAGCGCAUGUCUAGGCGUUUGAAGUGUGUUUUAGAAUACUCUAUUGAAUGUAGCAACGACAAGAAAUUCAGGGAAAUGCAGGUAGACCAAAGGAUUUUUCAGACAAUGCUGUCUUCUGCACUCAGUUCGAUCGGACGCGGAGGCAUCAGUGAUUAACGCUGAGGGAGGCUCUUUGACGCACAUUGUUGGUGCUUACCUCGAAAUAAGCCUUUUUUUCUUAUUUCUCUUCAUCUUGAAUGGCCAUUUACCCAAGAAAUUGAUUUAAUUACGUAGUGAGCUUUCGAGAUUGCUUUCCUUCGUUUGCGGACUUGUAUGCUUCGUGAGACUAAAUAUAUUAUGCUUGUCCUACAGUUACACUCAAGCCACAUAUCCUCGAAGAUGAACUACAGAUUUAAUCGCAUAUAUAAUCAUAACGUUGUCGGACAAAGCGAAUACACGAACUAGGGAAACAGUUUCUGUAAACAGAAUAUGAUGGCUACGACAAAAGUUAUUUGGCCUAUGUUUUGGAAUUUCCCUUGACUCUACCAUCAGAUACGACUGUACAUGAAGAUAUUAGAAGCAUAAGGAAGGCGUAACUUAAAACGUGCAUUUUUAUACACCCGAAUGCAUAAAAUAAUUAGCAGUCUUUAUACUUGUUAUUCAGAGAGUGGUCUAUUAGAAGGAUUGUUUGUCAGCUCGCAUCUAAGUAGGCCACCGCCGCGGUUUCAUCACCCAUGUUGAUGCUUCGCGCGUUGCUAUGUAAGCUAUUCGGUUUAAUAUGAAUAAAUGCUCGCCAAAAAUAUGCUGUCAAUGUCAUCUUUAUUAUUUAGUCAGACGCUCCGAAGAUAGACAAAGCAAAUAUACGCUAGGUAAGAACUGAUUAUUAUAAACAGUAGUUAUUGCAGACAGGCUUGAUUAAAAGCAAUCAUUCUGAAGCGACCAAGGUAUUUCGGAAUAGUGCUGCACAGUUAUUAAUACAAUAACACUUCUAAGGGAAGGUAGGACAUUUCAGCAAUUUGGUUAGUAUUUCAAAAUUCACCAUAUGUCCUGAAUUUGAAACGCCCGAACCUCAAACAUUUCUGGUCACUGACAUUGGAAAGCCCUACAUUCAAAGAGCAUAUUCUUCUAGACGACAAAUGUAACUUCAGUCGUAACAGAAAACGGACUUCAAAGCAAGCUUAAUUCAAGCGCCGACGUCACGCUAACUACUGGGUCUUAACGUGAGAAUGAGAAAGUACUUUGCCGCAUAUUAGAUUCUUUGAGUUGCCCGACGUUAAAUGUGUGAGAACGUCUUGCUGCAGUCUGUGAGAGAACAUUUGCAAGAGUAUCUCAAUCGCACCUAAAUGAGUGGACGUAAAUCAAGUUUUUAAGAGCUACAUGUCCGUUCUUGAGCCAGACAACAUCACAGUUAAUUUCAACUAAAAAUAGGAAACCAUUGUUGUGUUUAAAGUAGUAUAUAAUGUUUUGCGGGCGGGCACAACUUUCGAAACUCCACCACCUGCUGCGUACACUUCACCACAGAUGCCUACUCUCUAGCCGCGCAAAUUAACGAAUAUGCCUGCGAACUAAAGUAAACGACCGAUGUUUUGUUCGGUGUGGUUUGUUAUCUUUUACGUUCCGUGGCAAUAACUCAGUCACUUCCAUGCACAGCACUCGGCUCAUUUUUGUCUCUUGACAAAACAGACUGGUCAGACACAUAAAAAACCACAAAGGCGUCUCACAAAGAAGAAGAUGCGUUAUUACCGGGACAGUCCGUGUACUAACUUGAGCUUCCUGUCUUGUACAGGAAACCAUCCCAGCGACAAAUGAACGCUUUGGUAGCCAAACAAGGAAGAGGGAAAUAGGAGUGCGGAGAUGGUGUUCGCUAUAGGGCGGAGUCUUACGGCGGCAUGACAGAGUGUACCAUUGGCUCCGGACUGCCCGUCAUUCGGUCUGCCCUGCGUAAUGGUGAGGGCAGGCCCGCCAUGGGAUCUGAUAAACGGUUCGCAAUUCUUUUUUCCUGUGUCUACUCGGUCCAUAAUUUGCAAGAUUUUCUUGCGCAUGGUCGCUUUAGGACGGUGAACGGUAUCCACGCCGAGGUCUCCAGCGGUUAGAUGCAUUGUUUUGGACAAAAUAUUUAUAUUUCACAAAGCAGGUCACAUAGCUGGCGGCUCACCUCCGGUUGUUUGCCGUGCAUUCUUGCGGAGGAUGCAGCUGAAAAAAAGAUGUUUGGGUAUCCAUUCCAUGCUCGUUAAUUUUGAAGAUGCCGCAGUUCUCGUAUUCGACUCUUCGAUUCACUUCAGUGCGUUUUUACUCUUUGGAAAAGUGCCUUACUAAAGCUGUGUUUAAGCGUAUUGAGUCUUUUUUACGGUGUCUGAGAAUCUAAGUGGCAUAAGUCUCUUUUCUAUACACUGUUCUGCUGAGUAAGCGUGCGACGAAAACGUAAAAGAAAGGCAACUGUUUGGCUUGUUCUUCUUCACUGUUGAACUUAAUGUCGGGGAAGAUGCCGAUGGACGGGUCUUGAGUUUGCUAAUAUAUCCUUCUCAAGAACAAACAACGUUUCCUCUUCAUACUGGUCCCAAAACACAAGUCCAUGGUGGUCGAAACGGCUUUCUUUAUUUCACGCAACCAGGCCGGGCACUGGUAAAACCAUCAAUUAUCGUUUGAUCUGCUCUGCCAUUGAAUGCAAAAAGAAUUUGCUGGCAGAACGGAAAUCAUUUCCGUAAAUGCUCGAUUUUUAGGGGAACCUUCGUUUCGUCGUAGUUUCUUGGAACCGUUUGCGUUAGGCGUCCAGCAACAACUAUAUCAACAGACAAGUGCAUAUGCUUCCCUUGCUAUCACGCGCUCCGUUCCCGCGGCCAAGAGGUGAGACCCAAUUCGCAGCCAAGGGUGCGCGCAUUCACGCUGCAGGGAAACAGCGCGGGAGUCAGCUUGUGACGAACACCACCCCCUGCACUGGUACCCCCUUCUUUGUUUGACUACAAAGGCUACUCAUCUGAUGCCGCCUUCUCACAGUCUUCGACGAUGGCCUCCUGUAUGAGACCCAAAGCUCAGAGGAAGGCAGCUACUUUGCCGGUGAUCGUGUGUUCACCUCUUCCACAGCAUUCAGUUUAUGCUUAUUGAAAAAGCCUUAUGAUUUAUAGACAGGCGACUAACACGACUCAGAUUCUCAACUAACAUAAUAACCACCCAAUGGUGCAUAAACGCAGCUAUGCUCAGACACUCUUCCAAGGAGUAAAAUCGACAUACAAGGAAGCAGAAGGAAGAGCAGGAGAAAUACCACAUCCUCGGGACCAACCGUCAGGAAAUGGAUAUCCCGAACAGAUUCGUCAGCCACUGCCUCCGCACGCACCCACCCACGGCGAACAAACGGAGGAAAGCCGCCAAAACUUAAACACCCUCUACCAGAGUUUGUGCGAAGCAAGAAAACGGAUCGCUUGAGAGGUCGGCGUGCGUAAAGCUUACCGUCCGACAGCGACCAUAUGAAGGACCGACCAUAUACAUGAGGACAUUCUCGUGUCGUUUAUCAGAUCUUAUGUCGACAUUGGCCUCACCUCUACACAGGACAGACUGGACGACGGCUUAGCCCACAAAUGACGGAGCAUAAACGGGCGGUCCGGAGAAGCGACCCGUUGUCUCAGGUUGCAACUGACAUCCUGGAGGGAGGCCACGAAUUCAACUUCGCGAGCACGCGGAUAGUAGCGCGGGUCAGCAAUAAGAGAGGGCAAAUCUGCUGGAGGCCUGGGUGACUGACACAAACUCUCUCAACAGGCACGUUCAUAUACCCCCCCUAGCUAUCACGCGCACCGUUCCCCCGGUCAAGAGGCGAGACCCAAUUCCUAGCCAAGGGUGAACGCAUUCACGCCGCGGUGAGAGCGCGUGGGGCUCAGCUGAGAGCGAAUACCACCCUCAGCACCCCCAUCUUUCCCUCCGCCCCCCCUUAAUAGCUUGACCAAAAUUAUUAUUGGAUCUGCUCAUAUGUUCUUUCAUUGAAGACGAAAUGGAACUUGUUGGCAGAGAGCGAAUAAUUGCCGUAAAUGUUCGAUUUUUAGAGAAACGUUCGUUUCGUUUGCGAUGGGUGUCUAACAUCUUCAUCAACAUGCAGGUCGAUGUACCCCUGUUAUCACGCGCGCCGUUCCCGCGGCCAACGUGACUGACCCAAUUACCAGCCAAGGGUGCACGCAUUCACGCCACAGGGAAACGGCGUGCGAGUCGGCUUAUCUCGAACACCACCCCCCGCACUCAUAUGCCGCCCUUCUUUUUUUACGACGAAGACUGCUCAUUUGAUGCCGCAUUCUCACACUCUUUGAGGAUAUCCCGUUCUUCUAGACCGAAAAACCAGAGGAAUGCACGUACUGUCGUAUUGAUCGCGCGCUCAUCUUCUUUGCAGCAACAAUGCGGGACUAACAUAUACGCUUUCAUCCGUGACCACUUUUGAAAUUGUGCCUGUAAUUUCUUUUGCAGGCGUAAAUUAUGUUCCCCUUUAAUAACCGCUAAUGUUUAACAUUUUGCCGCUUAUUUCCUAUUUUUAUUUGUUUUAUUGGAAAGUGUAAAUUGUAUACGGGCGUUAUUAUUUAGAGCGUUUGUCGUUUGCGCAGCGUACGGUCAAGAUGCACUUGAUGUUGAAUGAGACAAACAACUCCAUCUGAUUCCUCUCAUUUCGUACAGAGCACCGAUGGCUCCAUAGUCUGCAGUUAACGGGACCACAGCUCUGCCAAUAGUGCAGAAAUGGUUUAGACGUCUUUUUUGUAGACAUUUUUUUCUAUCAUAGAGUUUUUAAAAUUGCGUAGUGGACAAUAAUUCUAAAUCCGUCAUGCUUCUUCCUCUUGAUCUGGACGCAAACAAGGUUGUGCUCUGGAACAAAAUAAUUCCACACUUCUCGGUGUCUAAUGGAAAACUUUUUUGCAAUGAAUGCUUGCAGUUUUAUGUUCAUUCUAGUACCACGGAUGUAUGUUAGAUUGCACAUUAAUAAAUCCAUGUAUGCAUACAAUCCUGACUCGCAAAAGCAUGUUUCUCGUGCCAUCUAGACAAAGCGCCUGAUAUUUUGUAGGAAACGGCGACCCUUUUAUGCGGUUCUUGUUUUUAGUAUGCAGUUUUGCUAAACGAAGUUAAUCAUCGAGUUUUAAAAGCAGCUUUGUUAUAAGUGUCAUGUAGAUGUUUACUUAGUCAUUAAUUUCCGUCGUAUCAUUUAGCAAGUGGUAAAGGCACAAUUUACACUUUAAAAAGCUCAAAAGUGCGUUAUUGAUGAUCCCGAAUUUUGGUUACAUUUACACUAUAGAUUGUUUAAAAAUCAGUCAGAUGAAGAUCGCGGUCUCUACGAUCUUAAUAUAUAGAAUACAUUCAUUAUAUUUUUUAAGGAAUAGAAUUAAAAAGCCACAUCCGUACUUAACUUGAAAUUAUGUUUAGGGAGAACGAGGCGAGUUAGUGAUCAAAUGGGAAAACGACGAAUUCGUUUUGAUGAUGAUGAUGAUGAUGAUGAUGAUGAUGAUGAUGAUGAUGAUGAUGAUGAUGAUGAUGAUGAUGAUGAUGAUGAUGAUGAUUAUGAUGAUGAUGAACUUAAAUAA